GGAGGAGCUUCCGCUUCCCCGGGGAGAUUUUGGGCCUGUCGGCGGCUGUCCUCCCUUCAAGCGGGGAUCAGUGAGCUUUGAGGAGGUGUCCUUGCAUUUCACUGAGGACAACUGGGCCCUACAGAGAGCUCUGUACAAGGAAGUCAUGGUGGAGGUUCAUGAGAUGGUGACCUCUCAGGGAGAUGUUUGGGGGAUCCUGGAUGAGGAGGAACCAUCAGAAGUCUGGCCAGAAAGAGCCGAGGAACAAGGAAAGGAAAGGAAGUUGGGGAUUCAAGAUGGAGCCAACAAACAAGAGGGGAGAGAAACAGUGAAGCCAAGGGAUAAACACAGUGCUUCUCAAGUAGAUGAAAAUCUAAUUAACAGAGUGGGGGAAAAACAUGAAUGUACUACGUGCGGAAAGAGAUUCUGUAGUCGCUCAACUCUUACUAUACAUCAAAGAGUACACUCAGGUGAAAAACCUUAUAAAUGCAUGGAGUGUGGAAAGAGCUUCAUUUGCAGAAGUAACCUUAAUAGACAUCAGAUAACUCAUACAAGGGAGAAACCUUAUAAGUGCAGGGAGUGUGUAAAGAGCUUCAGUUGCAGACGCCACCUUACUAGACAUCAGAUAACUCAUACAAGGGAGAAACCUUAUAAGUGCAGGGAGUGUGGAAAGAGCUUCAAUUGCAGAAGGUACCUUAACGUGCAUCAUAGAACUCACACAGGGGAAAAACCACAUAAGUGCAUUGAGUGUGGAAAGAGCUUCAACUGCAAUGUUUACCUUAAAAGACAUCAAAGAACUCACACAGGGGAAAAACCACAUAAGUGCAUUGAGUGUGGAAAGAGCUUCAGUCACAGUAACCACUUAAUUAGACAUCAGAUAACUCAUACAGGGGAGAAACCGUAUAAAUGCAUGGAGUGUAGUAAAAGCUUCAGUGACUAUAGCACCUUUCAUGCACAUAAGAGAAUUCAUACAGGGGACAAGCCAUAUAAAUGCAUAGAGUAUGGAAAAAGCUUCAGUUACAGAAACAACUUAACUGGACAUCAAAUAACUCAUACAGGGGAGAAACCUUAUCAAUGCUGGGAGUGUGGAAAGGGUUUCUGUGACAGUAGUACCCUUACUAAACAUCAAAGAACUCACACAGGGGAAAAACCACAUAAGUGCAUUGAGUGUGGAAAGAGCUUCCGUUACAGUAACAACUUAAUUAGACAUCAGAUAACUCAUACAGGGGAGAAACCGUAUAAAUGCAUGGAGUGUGGAAAGGCCUUCAGUCAGAGUGGAGCCCUUAAUGCUCACCUUAACAGACAUCAGACAUCUCGUACAGGGAACAAACCACACGAAUGCCUGGAGUGCGGAAAGAGGUUUGGUCAAAUUAGCCACCUUACCGUGCAUCAAAUAACUCAUACAGGGGAGAAACCAUAUAAAUGCUGGGAGUGUGGAAAGAGAUGUAGGUUCCGUAGCCACCUUAUCGUGCAUCUAAGAACUCAUACAGGGGAGAAACCUUAUAAAUGCUGGGAGUGUGGAAAGGGUUUCUGCGACAGUAGUACCCUUACUAAACAUCAAAGAACUCACACAGGGGAGAAACCAUUUAAAUGUAUGGAGUGUGGAAAGAGCUUCAGUCAGAGUGCCUCCCUUAAUCUGCAUCAAAGAACUCAUACAGGGGAGAAACCUUAUAAAUGCUUGGAGUGUGGAAAGAGUUUCUGUGAAGGUCGUACCCUUACUAUCCAUCAAAGAACUCACACGGGACAAACCAUAACCAGCCGGACGCCUCUCCUCCCUCUCUGCCGCGCGGCUCCGAAGCGGUUAACAGAGGCGCCAGAGCUUCGAUUCCUGGAGCGGAAGGGAAGACUGGCGAGAGAGGAGGAGCUUCCGCUUCCUGUUCCGCUUCCCCGGGGAGUUGCUGGGCGUAGCGGCGGCUGUCCACCCUUGAGGCGGGGAUCAGUGAGCUUUGAGGAGGUGUCCUUGCAUUUCACUGAGGACAACUGCACCCUACAGAGAGCUCUGUACAAGGAAGUCAUGGUGGAGGUUCAUGAGAUGGUGACCUCUCAGGGAGAUGUUUGGGGAAUCCUGGAUGAGGAGGAACCAUCAGAAGUCUGGCCAGAAAGAGCUGAGGGGCAAGAGAAGGAAAGGAAAUUGGGGAUUCAAGAUGGAGACAACAAACAAGAGGAGAGAGAAACAGUGAAGCCAAGGGAUAAACACAGUGCUUCUCAAGUAGAUGAAAAUCCGAUUAACAGAGUGGGGGGGAAACAUGAAUGUACUAUGUGUGGAAAAAGAUUCCGUAGACGCUCAAAUCUUACUAUACAUAAAAGAGUACACUCAGGUGAAAAACCUUACAAAUGCAUGGAGUGUGGAAAGAGCUUCAGUCGCAAAAGCAACCUUACUACACAUCAGAUAACUCAUACAGGGGAGAAACCUUAUAAAUGCAUCGAGUGUGGAAAGAGCUUCAGUUGCAGCAGGUCCCUUAACAUGCACCAUAGUAUUCACACUGGGGAGAAGCCAUAUAAGUGCUUUGAGUGUGGAAAGAGCUUCAGUUGCAGCAGGACCCUUAACAUGCACCAUAGUAUUCACACAGGGGGAAAGCCAUUUAAGUGCUUUGAGUGUGGAAAGAGCUUCCGUUACAGCAACUCCCUUAACUUGCAUCAUAGAAUUCACACAGGGGAAAAGCCAUAUAAGUGCAUCGAGUGUGGCGAAAGCUUCAGGUGCAGUGCUCACCUUAAAAGACAUCAGACACCUCCUACAGGGAACAAACCGCAUGAAUGCCUGGAGUGUGGAAAGAGGUAUGGUCAAAGUAGCCACCUUACUGUGCAUCGAAGAAUUCAUACAGGGGAGAAACCGUAUAAGUGCAUUGAGUGUGGAAAGAGCUUCAAUUACAGAAGCAGCUUUACUAGACAUCAGAUAACUCAUACAGGGGAGAAACCUUAUAAAUGCUGGGAGUGUGGAAAGAGUUUCUGUGACAGUGGGACCCUUACUAAACAUCAAAGAAUUCACACAGGGGGGAAACCAUUUAAAUGCAUGGAGUGUGGAAAGAGCUUCAGUCAGAGUGCCUCCCUUAAUGUGCAUCAAAGAACUCAUACAGGGGAGAAACCGUAUCAAUGUUUGGAAUGUGGAAAAAGCUUCAGUGACUCUAGCACCUUUCAUGCACAUAAGAGAAUUCACACAGGGGACAAACCAUAUAAAUGUUUGGAGUGUGGAAAGAGCUACCGCCGCAGUAGCCACCUUUCUCGACACCGGAUAACUCAUUCAGGGGACUAACUGUAUGAAAGUUGAUGUGUGGAAAGAGCUUCAGUUCCAGUAGUUUCUUUACUGUGCAUGAAAGAACUCGUACAGGGGAGAAACCAUAUACUGUACAUUUUUGCAGUGUGGAAAAUUGCUUCAGUUGCAACAGCUGUCUAGUGAUAAGUCGCCAGUAGCCAGGUGCAAAAUGUGCCUGGCAUCUGGCUAAUUUCAAACACUGCCGCACAUUGGUAUUUAAUUAAAAUAAGACAUGAACUUGAGAAUUUUCUUUCUGAUUUACCAAUCUGUUCGUUUUAUCAAGCAUUUGUGGCUUUCCCCCCCCCCCCAGACUAUGCGCUCAGAAUAUUUCAAGCAGGCAUCCCCAAACUGCGGCCCUCCAGAUGUUUUGGCCUACAACUCCCAUGAUCCCUAGCUAAGAGGACAAGUGGCCAGGGAUGAUGGGAAUUGUAGUCCAAAACAUCUGGAGGGCCGAAGUUUGGGGAUGCCUGAUUUAGAGGGACGCUAUAAAAAAUUCUUGCAGAACCAGAACGACAUCUUUGUGUAUGCCGUAACUAAGCAGUAGAUCUCUACCAAUAUGCUUUCUCUAUUUUGAACCAAGUUUAUCUUUGAUUUGUAAGCAUAGCUGCCAAGUUUUCCCCUUUCUCGCGAGGAAGCCUAUUCAGCAUAAGGGAAAAUCCCUUUAAAAAAGGGAUAACUUGGCAGCUAUGUUUGUAAGAUACCUGAUGCGGAUAAUCAACUGCCCAGGAGGACUCCACUGCUGUGAGUGCCUGCAGGUCCUGUCCCUGCCUCUCACCACCUGGCCAGGGCGGGGCCUGAAAGGCCUCAUAAGGACAGCUGACGCUGCUGCUGUUGCUGCCCAUGAGGACUCAGAACAGCACAGAGUUCUUUUUAAAAUGUUUUGAAAUUUUAUUUUUUUACCUUUUAAAAUUCUUUCUGUCGGGGGUGGGGUGGAUGUUUAGUUGGGUUUGGGAAUUUGUUUAAUUUUGGUAUGUUUGUAACGUUUACUGUUUUUUGUUUUCAUUGCUUAAAUUUUUUAAAAUAGGUUUUAUUUUGUUCUUAUUUUGUUUAAUUUCCAAGCAAAGGGUCUGCUGGUUUCUUUUUAAGGUUUCCAGACUCAAAAGAGAGCAGGGCAAUUAAAGGCACAGAAGUCCUGUCCACUAUUGAGUCUUGCAACCCUAUUCUUAAGGGGAGGCUGGGGCAGGUUCCACAGAGGGGGGAUGCACUGGGACAACCAAUCUCAGUGAUAACGGGUAGGAGGAGGAGUUAUGCUAAGACCAGACCAUGUCAUUACUGAGGAGGCAGGUUUAGUCAUUGUUUGAGGACUAUCCCUGCCUCCGGGUCUGGUCUUGACCGGAUGGAUACUGGAAUCAGCAAGGGAUACCCACACGACCUGAAGGUACUGCUGUGAAAUGCCAGGUCAAUGAUUCAUAAGAUCACUGCCAUCCACGACUUAAUCGUGGAUGGAGGACUUGACCUGGCAUGUGUAACAGAGACUUGGUUGGAUGAAGCAGGUGUGCCUGUCCUUACCGCUGCUUGUCCAUCAGGUUUCUCUUACACACAGCAGCCCAGGCCUUGUGGGCGGGGAGGGGGGGGGGUUGCAGUGAUUUUUAGGAAGUCAUUAGUUUACACUGGGCAUCCUAUUGGGAAGACCCAGUUCUCUGAUUGCAUGUUCUGGAAGUUGGCCAAUAGGGGCAGUACAAGAUUCCUUUUGGUGUACCAACCUCCCCGCUGCACCAAGGAUUCCCUGCCCGAGCUGCUUCAGGUCGUGGCGGAUGUUCUCCUGGAGACUCCUAGUUUGGUUGUCCUAGGGCAGGCAUGUCAAACCUGCGGCCCUCCAGAUGUUUUGGCCUACAACUCCCAUGAUCCCUAGCUAGCAGGACCAGUGGUUGGGGAAGAUGGGAAUUGUAGUCCAAAACAUCUAGAGGGCCGCAGGUUUGACAUGCCUGCCCUAGGGGAUUUUAAUAUCCAUGCCGACCUGACCUUACAAGGGGCUGCUCGGGACUUUGUGGAAAGCAUGGCCUCCAUGGGGCUGUCCCUGAAUAAGUCUGGCCCAACUCAUAGCCACGGACAUGCCUUAGACCUGGUGUUCACCUCUAUGGAUGUUGGUGAUCUGACAGUAAAAUUGAAACAAAAGAACUGCCAUGGUCAGAUCCCUUCCUGGUACAACUGGACUUCUCCGCAACUCUUCCCCUCUACAGGGAAGUGGGACCGAUUCGGAUGGUCAACCCCCGCCACUUAAUGGAUCCAAAUGGUUUCCAGAGAGUGGUUGUUGUUGUUUAGUCGUUUAGUCGUGUCCGAUUCUUCGUGACCCCAUGGACCAGAGAGCACGCCAGGCACUCCUGUCUUCCACUACCUCCUGCAGUUUGGUCAAACUCAUGUUCGUAGCUUCGAGAACACUGUCCAACCAUCUCGUCCUCUGUCGUCCUCUUCUCCUUGUUCCCUCCAUCUUUCCCAACACCAGGGUCUUUUCCAGGGAGUCUUCUCUUCUCAUGAGGUGGCCAAAGUAUUGGAGCCUCAGCUUCAGGAUCUGUCCUUCCAGUGAGCACUCAGGGCUGAUUUCCUUCAGAAUGGAUAGGUUUGAUCUUCUUGCAGUCCAUGGGACUCUCAAGAGUCUCCUCCAGCACCAUAAUUCAAAAGCAUCAAUUCUUCGGCAAUCGGCCUUCUUGAUGGUCCAGCUCUCACUUCCAUACAUCACUACUGGGAAAACCAUAGCUUUAACUAUAUGGACCUUUGCCGGUAAGGUGGUCUCUGCUUUUUAAGAUGCAAGUGGUAGGGGAUGCUUUAUCCCAUGUUGAUGGCCUUUCAGCUUCUGUUGGCUCGCUGGAAUGUGGAGUUAACCAGGGCUAUUGAGUGUUUGGAAGUUGGAGGAUGGAUUGCCGCUAACAGAUUGAGGUUGAAUCCUGACAAGACAGAAGAACUGUUUUGGGGAACUGGAGGCAGGCAGGUGUGGAGGACUCCCUGGUCCUGAAUGGGGUAACUCUGCCCCUGAAGGACCAGGUGCGUGGCCUGGGAGUCAUUUUGGACUCGCAGCUGCCCAUGGAGGUGCAGGUUAAUUCUGUGUCCAGGGCAGCUAUUUACCAGGUCCAUCUGGUAUGCAGGCUGAGACCCUAUCUGCCCACGGACUGUUGCCAGAGUGGUGCAUGCUCUAGUUAUCUCUCGCUUGGACUACUGCAAUGCGCUCUAUGUGGAGCUACCUUUGAAAGUAACCCAGAAACUACAACUAAUCCAGAAUGCAGCAGCUAGACUGGUGACUGGGAGCAGCCGCCGAGACCACAUAACACCGAUCUUGAAAGACCUACAUUGGCUCCCAGUAUGUUUCUGAGCACAAUUCAAAUAGUUGGUGCUGGCUGACCUUUAAAGCCCUUAAAUGGCCUCGGUCCAGUAUACCUGAAGGAGCGUCUCCACCUCCAUCGCUCUGCCCGGACACUCUGGUACAGCGCCGAGGGCCUUCUGGCAGUUCCCUCACUGCAAGAAGCCAAGUUACAGGGAACCAGGCAGAGGGCCUUCUCGGUAGAGGCACCCGCCCUUUGGAACACCCUCCCACCAGAUGUCAAAGAGAAAAACACACCCUUCUUUCAUCUGUGGAGAAAUGAGAAAAUGAAAUAUAGAAAGUCAUUCUCUGGGCACACAGGGGAUGCUUUUCCCCUAGAAAUUUUCCACCAUGAACCUAAGUUUUAUUUCCUGGACGGUUCCAGAAGUUUGGAAAGAAAUCCACAAGAAGCAGCCUUACACCUUUCAGUCCAACUAGGUUAGAAUUACUUAGGCAACUAGCAAGUAUCAAGGAGGCGGAGAAAUGUGGGCCGGAAAAUUUCACCUAUGUAAGGCCACACGAGAGAGAGUCUGCCAGGAGAAGAGAAAACGUUCUUCUGCUGCCCGAAAAUGUCUCAGAAAGUCAGUGUAACCCUCGGUGGCAGGAGAACAGCCUCCCCGAGCAGGAGCAGUCGGAUCCAUUCCAUGUGCAGGAGGCUACAAGGAGCUCUGCCAUGUCCACUGGGAAAAUUGGUUGGGGGACCAGUCCCCCCCCCCAUUUCUCCCCAUAUCCGUUUUUGAGAAGUCCAUGAGAAAAAUGACAAAAAGGAAGAGGAAGAAGAAAUGGAAAAUGAUAGCAGUAGUUUAGAAAAUGAGAUAGAAUAAACUGCAUGUACAGUGGUACCUCGACUUACGAAUAUGAUCCGUUCCACGGUCAUCUUCGUAAGUUGAAGUCUUUGGUAGUCGAAGUGCAGCUAUGGCGCAUGCGGGAAGCGCGAUUUUGUACUUCUGUACAUGCGCCGACCCCGCGCGCACCACACUGCGCAGGUGCAGAACGUGUGCACCGGGAGGACUUCUGGAGGCUUCGAAUUCGGAAGUCGAAUUCUUCAGAAGUCGAGGCCUUCGGAUGUCGAGGUAUGACUGUAUAUGUUGUGUUUUCUGUUUCUUUUCUUUUUUUAAAGCACUACUCAAAAGGUAGACCUAUGGAGCUUAAAUAUUGAGGUGGCUUUGCCCCGGCUGUCCUUAAGUAGAGAUGGAAAGGCCUGGGGAAAAACCGGAAAAAUUGGAGGAAAAGGGGUUUUUG